UGUUCGGUAACGGUUAGUUUCUCUUUAAAGGGGAGGCUUAGUUGUGAUACUGUUUUGGAGUAUGACCCCAAAUCGGUUUCAUUCUGACCCAAACAUUUAUUUUAAGUACUGGUUUUGGGUAUGACCCAAAAUCACAAACCUUAAUCGAUCAUCAGCCCAACAUUUGGGCCCAAUAAAGAGCCACGUACGUACCCCCUCUACACUCCAUCAGAAAAUUAAGCCCCUUGUAGUCCCGCACGUCAUUCACUGAAGAAACACUCGUGGAGUCAUGAGCAGGUUGAUUGCAACAAGAAGGCUUGUUUCAAAAAUCUUUAUACCAAGACUAGCUACAAGAGCAUUCUGCACGGAUGCGCCAGAAAAAUUAAAUGAUGUUCCAUCCGGAAGCCAUUUCAACAAAGAGCCUGAGGGCGAUGAACAUUUUAUGAAUGAUGUUCCUCAGCAUGACAUCGCCAUUGUUGGUGGUGGGAUGGUUGGAAUGGCCCUUGCUUGUUCUCUAGCAAGCAUGCCGUUAACAAAACACUUGUCUAUUGCCAUAAUUGACAGCAAUCCUGCUUUGUCAAAUGGGCCCGUCAUCAAGAAAGAUGACCCUCCUGAUCCAAGGGUCAGUACGGUCACACCUUCAACCAUUUCUCUCUUUAAAGAUAUUGGUGCUUGGGAACAUGUAGAACAGCAUCGGCAUGCCUACUUUGAUAAAAUGCAGGUAUGGGAUUACACCGGUUUCGGAUACACCAAGUACAAUGCAAGAGAUGCAGACAAAGAUGUCCUAGGUUGUGUUGUGGAGAAUAAGGUGCUACAUAAAUCUUUACUGUCGUGUUUACAGAACAAAGAUUUCAACAGUACGAUCUAUCCUACAAGAUUGUCGUCACUUUCACUUCCGACCCGUUCAGUUUCUUCAGCAGGAGCCUCGGUCUCAAGCACAUCAUCAAAAAAUCUCGCAAAUUUAGCAAAGCUGGAUUUGAGUGAUGGCACAAACCUAUACGCUAAGUUGGUGGUUGGGGCUGAUGGUUCAAAGUCACGUGUUAGAGAGUUAGCUGGAAUCAAAACCACUGGUUGGAAUUACUCGCAGAGCGCAGUCAUAUGCACGGUUGAACACCCUACGGAAAACUUUUGUGCGUGGCAACGGUUUUUGCCAGCUGGACCGAUUGCGCUUUUACCUAUUGGUGACAACUUUAGCAACAUUGUGUGGACCAUGUCUCCUAAAGACGCAUCAAAUCACAAAAUAAUGAACGAGGUUGACUUCGUGAAAGCUGUAAACCAUGCUCUUGAUUCUGGGUACGGUCCUCGUCCUGAGUCGCGGGUAUUUGGUGGUGAUGUACUUUCUUCGUUUUUUAGACCGGACGUGACGUCAUCGGUUCACGAGCGAUUCGAACCACCACCGAAAGUGGUGAGAUUGGUUUCAGAUAGGAUGGCUUUUCCACUCUCGUUGAUGCAUGCGAAUCAGUAUGCGUCCAAACGUGUGGUUUUGAUCGGUGAUGCGGCUCACACUGUUCAUCCGUUGGCUGGUCAAGGAGUCAACAUGGGGUAUGGAGAUGUAUCUUCACUUUCAAAUGUUAUUGCUGAUGGUGUUGCAGUAGGAUCUGAUAUCGGUGAGGUGACUUUGCUGAAGAAAUAUGAAGCAGAGAGGAAAACAGCGAAUAUAGCGAUGAUGGCUGUUCUAGAUGGUUUCCAGAAGGCAUAUUCAGUUGAUUUUGGACCAAUUAAUAUAUUACGAGCUGCUGCAUUUAACGGUGCAAAUGUUUUCGCGCCAUUGAAGAGGAAUAUCAUCUCUUACGCAUCAGGGGAGCGCAGACUUCCAUUUUUGUCAUAAAGUAGUUUUUUUAAUAUUGGAAUAAAUGUAUCAUAUAUUUACCAAAACUUAACGUCCUUUUGUGUUAAAAAGAAGAUUUUUCUGUGCCAUAGCAAAUAUAUGGGGUGUUGGUUCAGUGAGGUUCAAA